CCGGGGCUGCAGCCGAGGGAUGGGGCGGGGGCCUGGGGCCCCGAGCCUCCCACCCCCCACAGCCCGGAGAAAGGGACCCGGCCGGCGGGGGAGGGCCGCAGGCCUGGGCAGCGAGAUGGCAGGGCAGGGACCCGGCCGGCAUUGAUGCUGGGGAGGCCUCCAGGGAUGGAGAAUGGCCUGGCUGGUGACAGCACAGGAGAUGGGCUGGCGAUGAAGAUCAAGCAAGAGAAACCAGACCGGCUGCUGCAGCCGCUGGCGCCGCAGGCCGCGCUUUCGGAGAAGGAUAAAGAGAACAUUUUCCAGCAGCGGCAGGGCCUCCCGCCAUGCCAGACCAUGGGGAGGCCUCGAGCCCUGGGGGGACAGGAGGAGACUGGGGGUCCAAGGCGGGCCCCUCCCACUGAGCAGGAUGGGGGGCUGGCAGGCCAGGCUCCCGGGGCAGUCCCUGGCCCCCUGAGCCCCGCGCUUUCUGCUGGUGAGGGUCACUUUGUGUGCGUGGACUGCGGGAAGAGGUUCAGCUGGUGGUCAUCUCUGAAGAUCCACCAGCGCACUCACACUGGAGAGAAGCCGUACCUCUGUGGCAAGUGCGGCAAGAGCUUCAGCCAGAAGCCAAACCUGGCGCGCCACCAGCGGCACCACACGGGCGAGCGGCCCUUCUGCUGUCCCGAGUGCGCGAGGCGCUUCAGCCAGAAGCAGCACCUGCUCAAGCACCAAAAGACCCACUCUCGGCCCGCCACCCAUUCGUGCCCCCAGUGCGAGCGCUGCUUCCGCCACCAGGUGGGCCUCCGCAUCCACCAGCGCGCGCACGCCCGGGACCGCCAGGGCGCCCGAGCCGGCCUGCACGAGCUGCUCCGGGACGCGGCGGCGCGGCUGGCCUGUCGCCUGCGGCCGGCGCCGCCGCGGGGGCGCCCCGAGUGGGCCUGGCUGGGGCUCUGCCAGGGCUGGUGGGGCCAGCCUGGGACCCGGACCGCAGAGCCGGGCCCCUCGGGGUCCGGCGAACAGCGCCAGUUCAUCUGCAACGAGUGCGGCAAGAGCUUCACCUGGUGGUCGUCGCUGAACAUCCACCAGCGCAUCCACACAGGCGAGCGGCCCUAUGCGUGCCCCGAGUGCGGCCGCCGCUUCAGCCAGAAGCCCAACCUCACGCGGCACCUGCGCAACCACACGGGCGAGCGCCCGCACGCGUGCCUGCACUGCGGCCGCGGCUUCCGCCAGAAGCAGCACCUGCUCAAGCACCUGCGCACCCACCUGCCGGCCGCGCAGGCCGUGCCCUGCCCCCGCUGCGGGAAGAGCUGCCCCAGCCGCGCGGCGCUGCGGGCCCACCAACGCGCGCACGCCGCCGCCGAACUGCUGCGCCCCGGGCCCGCCGUCCCGGGCGGGGAGCCGGGCUCCGAGCCGCAGGCCGAGGGACCCCCGGGCUCAGCCGCGCGGCCGCGCAGCGCCCAGCGGUCCCGAGGAGCCGGGGACGCCAUGUGGGGCCGGGGCCGCGCGGGCCUGGCCGGGCCCAACGAGCCGCGCCAGUUCAUCUGCAACGAGUGCGGCAAGAGCUUCUCGUGGUGGUCGGCGCUCACCAUCCACCAGCGCAUCCACACGGGCGAGCGGCCCUACGCGUGCCCCGAGUGCGGCCGCCGCUUCAGCCAGAAGCCCAACCUCACGCGGCACCGGCGCAACCACACGGGCGAGCGGCCCUACCUGUGCGCCGCCUGCGGCCGCGGCUUCCGCCAAAAGCAGCACCUGCUCAAGCACCAGCGCGUUCACCGCGGAGCCCUGGCGCCCAGCCCCAAGGAGGAGGCGCGCUAGUGGACUGGAGCCGAGAACCGUGGUGGUGGUGGGGGGACGUGUGUGGGGGAGCGCGUGGGCAAUGGGGUGGCCAGGAGUGCUGGC